GCGGUAAAUGUAAGCUACAAGGCGAGUUCGUUUUUUCAAAAGGGGCGUAUUUUUCAAGCCAUUUUAAUGGGAAACCAACAUCCUGGUUAGAGCAACUGCAGGACGCAACAGUAAAAUAUUACACUGAGAUCUAUAGCUGCAGUGUCACACGAAAUAAAAGCUAAAUUACAGAUGUGUUAUCCAAGCUGGAGCGGACCGUUUGUUGGAAGUCAUAUAAAUGGAGGACUAACGUAACGUCGCUGGCUGCAGACUCGGACGCUGUCACUCUGGAUAUGACCGGCUUUCACGGUCGAACAUAGUUGCGCGGGAGACAAGGGGGGUGAAUACCGAUGCGGAAGAUCCGGAGACGAGGCGGUGUAGCCGGCGGCGGCUUCGGCAGGGGCAGGGGGAGAGGGCGAGGGAGAGGGCGAGGGGGCCACCACUCCUACGAUGACCCCGACAUCCAGCUGCGCUCCACCUCCCCGUGCCGACUGAACCUGUCCGUAACCCGGGAGACGCUGACGUACGCGCAGGCGCAGAGGAUGGUGGAGGUGGAGUUGGAGGGUCGCCUCCACCGCAUCAACAUCUCCGACCCCCUGACUGUCAUCACGGAGGACGAGAUGACGGCCCAGGACCUGGUCGAGUGCAACAGCAACAAGGAGAACAGUGAACAGACCCACACGCAGACACAGAGCCGAGCGCGUCCGGGGCGCAAGGAGAACAGUGAGCAGAGCCACACGCAGACACCGAACCGAGCGCGGCCGGGGCGCAAGGGCCGCCGCCGGGAGGGGAAGCACUCCGCCACGACCGGGCACCACUCCAGCACCAGCAAGAACAUGAAGAAGAGCACGGACACCAAUCACGCGGCGCCACACGUGCCGCUGCCCCAGCCCACGUUCCGCACGCUGGAGGCCUUCGUGCCAACGGAGGCGCCACCCCUGCCCCUGGGGUACUACCGUUUCAUGGAGCGCUCGGGCGAGGAGCUGGACGCCGAGGCGGAGUACGACAUGGACGAGGAGGACGUGGCCUGGCUGGAGGUGGUCAACCAGAAGCGCGUGUCGGACGGCGUGGCCUCCGUGUCGCCCGACACCUUUGAGCUGCUGAUCGACCGGCUGGAGCGGGAGUCCAUCCUAGAGUCGCGGAGCCAGGCGCUGUCGCAGAGCGCGGUGGACGAGGACGCCUACUGCAGCGUGUGCCUGGACGACGAGUGCCUCAACAGCAACGUCAUCCUCUUCUGCGACAUGUGCAACCUGGCCGUGCACCAGGAGUGCUACGGCGUGCCCUACAUCCCCGAGGGCCAGUGGCUGUGCCGGCGCUGCCUGCAGUCGCCCUCGAGGCCCGUGGACUGCGUGCUCUGCCCCAACCGCGGCGGCGCCUUCAAGCAGACGAGCGACGGCCGCUGGGCGCACGUCAUCUGCGCCAUCUGGAUCCCGGAGGUGUGCUUCGCCAACACCGUGUUCCUGGAGCCGGUGGAGGGCAUGGAGAACAUCCCCUCGGCGCGCUGGAAGCUCACCUGCUACCUGUGCAAGCAGAAGGCCCGCGGCGCGUCCAUCCAGUGCCACAAGGCCAACUGCUACCGGGCCUUCCACGUCACGUGCGCGCAGGGCGCCGGGCUCUACAUGAAGAUCGACCCGGUCCGCGAGAACGCGUCCAACGGAACCACGUUCUCGGUGAAGAAGACCGCUUUCUGCGAGACCCAUUCGCCCGCUCCGGGGGAGGACGAGGACGAGGGCGUGGACGAGGGUAAAAUGGGGGGGCUGGGGGGCAGCAGGGGUCACCGGGGGCAACGGGCCUACACGCUGGCCCCCCCUGCGCCCCAGAACCAGCGCGGGGGCAAGAAGGGGCAGAAGCUGAAGGGCAGAAGGAGCUCGGAGGUGACGGGGAGGAGAGCUGCCGUACCUGUACUGCUAGUGCCUCAGAUCCCCUCAUACAGGCUGAAUAAGAUCUGCACGGGCGUGGCCGUCCAGAGGAAGAACCAGUUCAUGCAGCGGCUCCACAACUACUGGCUGCUGAAGCGCCACUCUCGCAACGGGGUCCCUCUCAUCCGACGCCUGCACACACACCUGCAGAGCCAGAGAACCGCAGAACAGAGAGAGCCGGAUGCGAAGCUGCAGGCUGUUCGUGAGGAGCUGAAGUAUUGGCAGAAGCUGCGUCAAGACCUGGAGAAAGCUCGCCUACUCGUGGAGCUCAUCCGCAAGAGAGAGAGAUUUAAAAGAGAACAGAUGAAGGUCCAGCAGGCGGCGCUAGAGAUGCAGCUGACCCCAGCGCUGGUGCUGCUGCGCUCCACCCUGGACCAGCUGCAGGAGAAGGACUCGGAGGGCAUCUUCACCACACCCGUCGGACUGAAGGAGGAGGUGCCAGACUACCUGGAGUUCGUGUCCGAUCCGAUGGACUUCAGCACCAUGCGGGCCAAGCUGGAGGCCCACGCGUACGCGGGCGUGACGGACCUGGAGGCGGACUUCAGCCUGAUGGUGUCCAACUGCCUGCGCUACAACCACAGCGACACCGUCUUUCACCGCGCCGCCACGCAGCUGCGGGAGGUGGGCGGCGCCAUCCUGCGCCACGCCCGACGCCAGGCCGUCUCCACGGGACUCGACCCCCACACCGGCAUGCACCUGCCAAACCCACCCCCCCAGAACACACCCACCAACACCUGCUGGGAGGAGGUGGACUUGCUGUUGGUUCCAGAGAACCGGCUGCACCUGUCCCCAGACCAGCAACUGCAGGCGCUGCUGGAGAAGCUGGACGCGGUCAUGUCCAUGCGCACCAGCGGGGGGCGCACUAAACGCAUCCGCCUGCUGCGCCGGGAGGUCAACAGCCUCCGGCACAAACUCAGCCACUGCCGACGGCGGCCCCCGCCCCUCUGCACCUCCCCACUCAAGGAGGAGGAGGAGGAAGAGGAGGAGGAGGAGGAGGAGGAGGGGGAAGAGGAGGAGAGAGAGGCCAAGAGGAAAGCGGAGUACGCCACCACAGCAUCACGAACGCCAGAAAACCACAAAUCCAAAACCCCGUCCCCUACCAAGCCGUCAUGCCCCGCCUCCUCUCCCCUGCCUGGCGAUGCUCCGCCCCUAGCCCCGCCCCUGGGGCCGGAGAGCACUGGCACACGCACGCCAGGGCGGUCGAGGGGGAGGGGCCGGAGGCGGGUGGAGGGGCGAGGGAGGGGGGCUGGUGAGCCAGAAGACGGGGGGCUCCCAAACCUGCCUCGGGGGGGUGAGAACGGACUGCCCACCCUGACCACACCCCCCGUCUCCACGGUGAUGGGGGUGGGCCGGCGGACAUCGAUCCUCUUUAAGAAGGCCAAGAAUGGAUCGCGGCUGAAGAAGGCGGAACCGGUGUGUCUGGUGAACGGGGGCGGGGCUGAGAAGGACACCAGCAGCCCAGCGCAAACCCGCCUGCAGCCCGACCGGACCGAACAUGCCCCGUCAGAACCUCCCUCAAAACCAGAACUGGUCACAGAACCUGUCCCCUCCUCCCCCCGACACCUGCGCUCCAGAGGACCCAGCGAGAGCCAGAGGACACACACACACACACCCGCCCCGCAGACACACACGUCCGCCUCAGACACACACACACCUUCCAAAGACACUGGCCUGACUAAUGGGUCUAAGAAGCACCGAGACGAGUCUCCCGACUCAGAGAGUGGCACACACAGCUAUGAAACCCACAGCUCGCCCCCUCUCAAACGCAGCAGAGGCAAGCCGGCUCUCACCAAAGCGCCCGCAGCAGAGCUGGAAAACAGCGACUCCAACACAGGUGAAAGCUUGCUGGUGUCCCCUGAAGGAGCGCUGGAGGACCUGGUGCCGCUCGACCUGGUAUGGGCCAAGUGCCGAGGGUAUCCCUCUUACCCUGCCAUGAUGGUGGACCCGGACAUGCCGAGGGAGGGGCUGUUCCACAACGGCGUGCCCAUCCCGGUGCCCCCCCUUGAGGUGCUGCAGUUGGGCGAGGGGAGGCAGGCGGAGUCUGACGACAAACUCUUUCUCGUACUGUUCUUCGACACCAAGAGGACCUGGCAGUGGCUGCCGCUGGACAAGCUGUACCGCCUGGGUCUGGACGACACGAUGGACAAGCUGCGGCUGGUCGAGGGCAAGAAGCCCAACGUCCGCAAGUCUGUGCACACGGCCUACAGCCGCGCCAUCACCCACCUCAGCCACGUCAGGGGCAACGCCAACUUCAACCCCUCCAGCUACAUCUAGCGCCCCACGGCUCCAGGGUCCUGCCACCCCAAACACUCACGGGCGCCAUCCCGUCAAUGUUCGCCUGACGGCGCAAAGCCACUAAUCUGCUGGUCAACAGUGUGUGUGUGUGUGUGUGUUAAUCACUGUCCCGAAAUGGUGAAUAUAGCAAGGGUGUGUGUAUGUGUUAACCACUGCCCCAGAACGGCAUGGGUUACUGUUAUGUGUGUGUGUGUGUGUGUGUGUGUGUGUUAACCACUGGCCCAGGUUCAGUGUGUGUAGGUGGGGUGAGUGUUAUCUGCAUCACCAGAAAAGGUGUGUGUGUGUAAACAGCAUCCAUACUUCUCCAGAAUGUCAGAUCACAGAGAUGGAGCAGUUCUGUGUGGAAUCUAGAUGGAAGUGACUCACAGGCAGUCAGAAACAAUGACCAACGCCGAACUGUGUCCACUUCACACUUUGUAAGAAAGAACGAACGAACGAAAGAACAAAUGAACGAACGAAUAAGCUAAAGGACCCAAACCACCGAUGACCGAGGAGCUGGAGAGUCUUAAAGGCCAGAGGAGAGGAGGUUCCAGAGGAGGCGGAGCCACUUUGUGGUAUAUUUGUUUUAAAAGACUUUGAACUGACCCGUCACGGAACGACAGGUGUACAUAUUGUUUCCUUCUAAUUUAUGGGCCGACUUCUGAGCGUGUUUUAGAUUGUAUUUGUUCUUGAAAUACUGCAGUUCUAGCCAUCUGUUUGUCUUCACAUGUUCAACAAUUACGUUUCUUACAUUGUUUCUUUUUUAUUUGUAUGGAUCGUACAUGAACUGCUGUGCUUGUGGUAAGUUAUGUUGACACAAAGUGUCACCCGUGAAUGUUCUCAAGAUCAAAACAAAUCUUCAGCUCUUAUACUGCAGGUGGACCUCCCCUUAAAGGUGGCGUCAGUGACUUUACUGCAGGGGGAUGUCCUCUUAAAGGAUGAAUUACUGACUUUACUGCAGGGGGACCCCUCUUCUUAAAGGUAGACUCAGUGACUUUGAUGGAA